AGACAGGACAACGUAAACACAGUUUCUUCUUGCUUAUUAAUGGAUGGAAAUAGGAAUUUUGAAAUUUACAGGAAUAAAAUAAUUUUCAAACACUUUUGAAAGAAUAAUUAUUAACUUUAUACAAUCAUUUCUAGUCCAUUAUUGCAUGGGUGAAUAUAGUAUGGAUACUACCAUUACAAUUUCAAGUAAACACGUGAAAAAUAAAUCCGAUUUCCUACAUUUAACUUACAAUGCUGGAAAUAACGAAGAUGCUAUUAUAUCUGUUGAUUCCUCAAAUUUUGGUCAAAGUGGUACUGUAACUUGGGAUAAAAAAUGUUCUACUAUAUCUAAUAUAGAAAAAGUUACAAAUUGGAUGAAGCAUAGUGAUAAAGAAUGUGUUGAAGAAGAAUUGGUUGAAUUUACCAAAAGCAAUGAAGAUGAAACAAAGAGUUUAAUCCUUUUUAGGUGUGAUUUCAACAAAUCUACCAAGAUAUCCAAAUACUAUCCCAACAACUCUUUUAAUAAAACAUCUUUAAUAAGUUACUUCAAGGAUGAAAAUGGUACCUCGCAAAAUUCCACAAAAGUAUCAACAAAUAUGGAAAAUAAUAUUAAAGUAUCAGAACAGAAAUUAUCUGCAUAUGAUGAUCAGUCAAAAAAAACUGAAAUGCCUUCAAGCAAAAUCUCACAGUCAGACAGGUCUUUCACCAGUGAAAAUAAAUCAGACAAUACAGAUGAAGUACCUUUAAGUCCAGAGACUCGCAAGAAGGAACUUUGUCACUAUUUACAGUUGAUGAAUCCUUCUGAUAAAAAAGAAAUAUUAAUUCUUCAAAAUCGUAGGUCGUCACGAGUAAGAAAUUUAGCAGAACAAAAACAAUUUCAAGAAAAAUUGAAGGAAAUAAACAAUGAUAAUGAGAAAGACAAAACUGAAUCAAUAGAAAAAUCUGUAACUCUAAAAUCAUUUAAAGAACUUAAUGUACAUAUAAAUAAACUCGAAGAUGAAGAGAAAUUGGAUAAAACUUUUAAACACUUUGUGUUUCCUUUUCCUCCAGAACAUUUAUCAGAAGUUGUGAAUGAUUUUGACAUUGUAAUGUACAAAUUAGUUCCAAAGCUGAAAAGAUUUUGUAGGUAUAAGAAUAUUCCUUAUUUAACAAAAAAUAAUACACAAGUCAGAUCUUUGCGUAGUCAUAAUAUUAUUACCAAGAAAUCUACAGAGAAGAAGCAAAUUUCUAAGAAAAAUAGAACAAGAAAAUCCAAAUCAGUACCACCAUCUUCAAUAAAAUCUAGACAAAAUUCUCCUAUAUCAACAAGAUCUACAAGAUAUGUUUCUCCUUCUAAAUCUAUAAGUUCACAAUGUGAAAUAAUUUCAGUAGGAGAUAACCAUGAUGAUGACAAUGUUGAUGUUGAUCAAAUAAUGGAUGAUAUGAUAGAUUUUGAAAAACUGAGUGAUGAACAUAAGAAAUGUUUAAUAGAAAGUAGAAUUUUAUCUACAAAACCAUUUCAGCCAAGUUAUAACAAUGAAAACAUUGGCCUUAAUGUGAUAAGUCCAUUGUAUGGAUUCAGUAAAACAGAUACUAAUGAAAUUAGUAAAAUAUGUGAAAAGUAUAAAAAGUCCAUUUCUUCGGGAUUUGUAAAUAAUAUAUGCAAAGAACUAAAAGACAGUAAUGUAAAUGUGACAAAUAUACAAAAGAAUAACGACAAUGAAGACAAAAACAAUAAAUUGGAAACUUCUCAAGUAUCAGGUGGUAAUACAUAUGUAAUUCUUAAUAUUCAUACACCUAACUCGUCAGAAGACAUAACGCAAACAUCGGAACAUUCCAGUAACUCAUCCUUUCAGGAUCAUGAUUAUGCUAGUUGUCCUAGUAAGAACAGUGAAAGUCGUGAUAAUGAUGAUUUGGAGAUUAACACUCUCACAGGCAACCACUUAGAAGUCAAUACUAAAACAAUUACCAAAAAUAGUAAAUUUGAAAUACUGCCAUACAAAAAGUCCGAUGGAACAAAAUCACUGCAUAAGAGUUUGCAAUUUAAUUCUAGGAAGAGAAAUAAAUUAGUAAAUUCUACAAUGCCCCACGAAUGGGAUAUAGGCACAUCUCUCAAGCCAACUCUCAAAAAACAAUCUCAUUAUAUUAGAAUUAGUCGAGAAAACGGCUGCAUUUUAAAAGCAUUUUAUAUUGGUUAUAAUUUAAUUAUAUGUCAAGAGUUUUUGGUAUCAUUCUGGAUGCAGACACCUCUAGGUAAUGUACUUGGAUCACAAAAUAUGUGGAUUCCAAGAGGUCAGACUCAAAGAAUGGUUUUAAAUAACCGAUGUCUCCAAAAAGACUCAAUGGAAAAGGUAAUAUGCUUAGAAACAAGUGUAGUUUAUAUUGAAUUGUGGAUGAAAGAGCAUAAAUCUGAAAUGAGACAAGGUCCUGUAGCAGAUGUAUUUGUUACUGCUUACUUUUGGAAACAACGUCAAAAUGGAUUAGAUAAGAAAGUUUUACAGUUGGAAAACAUUAAUGGGUUUGCAGAUGACGUCCAAUACUGUGUGAUGAGGCGCUUACCUAAAAUUAUUGUUAGCUGGCAUUCAACUUGCGACGAAAGUGUUUCACCGAGGAAAACAUUCAUUCAUGCAUAUCAGUUGGCGUCUGACUACCAAACAGUUUCGAAUAUUUUUGAUAUAGAACCCGUUUCUCAUUACGUUUCAUCUUUACAUAAUAUUGAUGAUUUUGAUGAUCUCAUUAUGGGAUGUGGAGAAAAUAAAAUUACUUUGUGGAAUAUUGAAUUUGGACAUAUUAUCGCUACUAUUGAGUUAAACGAAAUUAAAACACCAUUAUCUACAUUAUGGGUAAAAUGUGAUAGGGGAUUUCUAUUUGCUCUUCAACAGUGUGUGGAUAGAGAAUUGAGGCUAAUAGCAAUAAACGGUAUCAAUCACUCAUGGAAAAAAUUGGCAAGCUAUUUUCCCCCAGAAGGAUUUGACAGAUUGAAAGGGGUAUGCAUUGAGAAUGGAUUGCUAUUAUCAUUUUACGACCAAGGCAUUUUAUGUUGGAACGCCGAAACAGGAGAGCCUAUUGAAGAAAUUAAUACAGAACAUGACCUCAUCCUUUCUGGUGUCCAUAUAAUUCGAUUAGAAGAUGAUCAAGUUAUCAUUAAACACGUUUUAGCACAUCUUCUAUCAUUAUCGAUGGAAGAAUCAUGAAAUUAAACAGUUUCAACAAUCGUUCAAUAUAAGUUAGGACUGCUUAAAAAUAUGAACAAUUGGAAUCAAAGUGUUACUAAAAGUAUUACCGAUUCUAGAUUAUUUUGUUAAUUGUGGAGAACGUCAUUUAAGGAAGCAAAGAUAUAAUUUUAGGUGUUUUAUACAGGGCGAUCGCAAAUUGUGUAUUUCUAACUAUAGAUUCUAUCUUGCAUCUUUCAAUUGUUCAAUUUGAGAGUGUUUUAAUUAUAGGUCUGAUUUCUUUCAGAAGUUAAGGAAACACAAUUUAUUAUUACACUGUAUAUUAAUAUUUUUAACUUUUAAUAAAUCGAUCAAAGGGAAUAUUUGCAAUAUUAAAUUAUUUGAUAUUUUUAAAAAAGGGUCGAAGUUUAGUAUAUUACUAUAUUAUUAUAUUCAUAAUAUUAUUUCAAACAAUUUAAAACUUGUAAUUCAGUACUCCACCCAUAAACUUUAACAGUACAUAUAUCUAAUAAAAUUUAGAAUAAAAUUCUAAGCUCAUUCUUGAAAUAAAAUAUGUCUAUUAUCUUUAAAGUUAAGUUUAAAGUUCACAGUAGGAAAAAAUGUGUAGUUGUAAGUUCAUCAUUUCAGUUUUUUUUCUUCAUAUUUUCCAUUAGAAACUUACAUUUUCAUUCAUCAAACUUUUUUCCACAUUUGCACAUGGAGUUAAAGUCUGCUAUCUAGGAAUAAGUACUGAAACAUUUUUUUUUUAUAUUAGAUAUAUCAGUUUGUUACAAUGUAAAUUUUGUUAUAGAAAUGAAAACAAAAAAAUUACCUAUCACAAAUUACAUUUUUGACUAUCGUAUCAAACAAAUCCGAUAUCAAUGAUCGUAUCUACAUUUUUUUGAAUUAAUGAUUCUGAUUGCCCGAUUGAACCUCCUGUUUUGUUUAAUUGACUAGCAAUUGAACCAUGGAGACUACCUUUCGUGUUAUUUCUGAUGCUAAUCUGAAAUAACAUAUAAUUGUAAUGUGGUUUUAAAUUUUGUAUUUCAUAACUGAGCAGAAUAGUGAUUCAUAUUUUGGAAAAAGAUUAAUAUAAGUUUGAAAUAGCUUACAUAACGUCGGUGAGCUACUAAUACCAUGUAUCUACAAAUUUCGAACUUUACAGGAGACAAAAAACUUAUUUAAAUGUUUAUUUCUCAUAGCCGAUUGGUAUUCAGUUAAGAAAUACUUAAAAAUACAUAAAUUGCAUACACUUAGGAGAUUUCUCUUUCGAUGAAUGUUGGUAUUGCUGCACAAUAAACAUUUUUCUGUUCAAUAUUGUGUUCUCUGUCACGACAAGGAAACAAAACAAAAUUUGGUAGUUGAUAGAUUUUUAACAUUGUAUAAUUUCAUAAAAUAUUUUUUCAAUUCAUUUUUAAAUACAAAGCAACAGAACAUCGAACAACUUCAUAAACAUUAUAAACAAAUUUAAGAGCUAAAGUGGAAAAAGAAACUAUCCACUCUGAAAGCAUAUUAAUGCGGGAUAGUAUCGUAAAAAGCAUGACAAUCAGAUUUUAAUACGCUUUUUAAACUCUGCAAAUGCUUGAACUUUUUUUCUGAAACCGAUAACUUGUUUGAAUUGAGACUUGGAUAAUUUGUUAAAAGGGCAACUAUUUUCGCUCAACGAUGACCAUUCACAAAUCUUCAAAGUUUUUACUUCAAUUAUACCGUUAGGAGUAUAUUUUAUUUGUUUUAAAUCAGUUACUGUCGGAUCGUCCACUUUUUUACCCGGUCUGAUUGAUGAGUAUCGCAGAAAUUGACUUUUAGAAAAAUCUUUUAAGAAAGUAUGAUCAACAAUUAAAGCUUCAUAGGGCUUUGGCUUUCUUCGUGCUUCUAGUGUUGCUUUCAAGUAAUCACUGGGUAACUGAAUGAUUCGGUUUUUCAAUUUUUUUUGGACACAACUAUGAACAGAGUCACACUCCUUUUGAGUGUGACCCUGUUCUAAGAACUUUUGUGUUAUUUUUACGUUAUGUAGCAUCGAAAAAUUUAACAACGCAUUUGACAUAAUACAGUUCCUAUUUUGGUACAGGCAUCCGUCCGAAAAUAUUACAAUUGGUAAUUUUCUUUGUAAGCAGUGACGUUCUAAGCAGUCUAAGAAGCAAGAAACGAAGGUCGAGGCACACAAUGAAGAAUCAAUUUCAGUGAACCAGUAGCACGUUGCGUCGCUGGUGCCACAAUCAAAGAUGGUAAAAUGAUGGCAGCAAAGUUUCGUUUUAAAAUAAAGAUUAAGGUAAGGUGCAACUUUCACUGCCUGCAAGUCCAUUGUGAGCAGAAUAAGUUCGUUAUUCUAUGCUUUUUGUUUGUCUCUAGCUUUUUCGUCUCUUGCUUGAUCCUUGUUUAAAAUGUGUUUUUUCCAAACCCUUUCUUCUACAUUUUGGUCGCAACAUAGAUCACACAAAUCUUUUUUGGGGCGAAAUAGCGAAAAGUUCUCUUGAAACUUAUUUUCGAAUAUUUUUCUGCAUGAAAUAGGCAAUCCAUUUUCCGUACAAUAGUUCUUGUAAAUUUCAUAAAGAUUUGAUAAUGAUUUUAUUUCCUCGUCCAAAAAAAGCUUUGUGGAGUCCCUGCGUACAUAGUGUAAAGGUCUUUUACCAACUGAUCAAAAAAUUCUUUUAAAGGAAUAUUACAAGAUUUUCGGACACUAUAGCUAUUUUCUCUGCUUGACUGGUUCAAUUUUUCCUUUCCGGUAUGCAUUGCUAGCACUGAAUUCUUAACCCAACUCUGGACUAUGAAAGGUUUUGGAGCAAGUGUAUUCAGAAACAUUUCUCUGCAUACAGUCCAGGUGUUCUCACCAUCAUUUAGAGUAUAUACGAAGGUUCCAAGUCUCCUAGAGUUUUCAUCGCUACUUUUUGUACACCUUUUAAUGCCAAUUCGAGAAAGAUGAGAUGAAACAAAUACUUUUCUUUGAUCCCACGUCAUGUUUUUCCAAAAUUCUGUAAAUAUUUUGUUUCUUGUAUCAUCUGAAAUUUUGCUGCAGAAUCUGACCUUUGAUGUUUCACAUUUUUUUUGACGCACAACGUGGCUCAAGUUUUCUGGCUCUUCUCAUUGUAUUAUAUUUCACUUUUCCUUCUCUUGAGCGAGUGUAACCUAAAUACGCCUGUCUUGUCAUUCUCAUCUUCUUUGUUCUAUUUUUUUUCCCACUUUUCUGGAUUACCAUUCUUGCAUCUUUUUCGGCCUUUCUUCAUAUUUCCAUAUUCCUUUUCAGUCUCAGUAACGUACUUACUUUCAGAAGAAGAAUCAGUUUCAUGAAUGUCAGUUUCGGAAAUAUAAUCUGCAUCAGUUUCCUUAGAUGUAUUAAUUAGAAAGUGAGUGAGGCAAUGACUCACAUUAUCACAGUCAGUGUUUGUAGCAAUAACAUUAUGGCACUCAUUUGAAAAUGAAGUGAAGGAACGACUAAUAUCACAGUCUUUCGUAGUCUAAUUUGAUUCUUUAUUACUAUUGAUGUUAAUCUAUCACAGUUGGGAAAUUCAAGUUCCUGUGUAUGAAUGAAGUAAAAAAAUGAUGGACACUGAUUCUAUAUCCAGUGAGUCUAAAUCUAUCAACUGAUGUUGAUGAACAACUACUCUAGCUUCUGGUUCAUUCUCCAUUUCAGUUUCAGUAACGGUGUUGUCGACUUCGAGCUUUUUUUUCAUUGUUAUGUACUUUUGCAGCUAAUUCUAAUAGUUUCUGUGUUCUAUUAGACAUUAUUUAAAUCUGCAAUCAAAAAAAAACUAAAUUACACAUUACGAAAAAUCAAAUAGGAGAUUUUAAUUGUUACUUCUUAGUUAUGUACUAUUUUUUUUUAAUCUAAUAACAUUUAACUUCAAGUAAGAAAACAGAAGUUACUCGAACUGUUUGAAAGAAACAUCACCUAUCUGAACGACAAUUAAUUUAAGUGCUUUUCGCAGUGAUUACAUUAGAUAGCAUCUCAAAAACUUCACAAAAAGCAGACUAUGUUACAGUUAGUAGCUAUUGUGCAUAUUUUAACCUCUAGGCCAAUAACCAAUUAAGUCCAAAAAGUCAUUUUGUUGGUACUUACCUUAGCAGAAACAGUCACAUCAAACUACUCUACACAGUAACUGCCAUUACGGUUUCAAAUAGGAGAUAUUGCCAUGCGCAGUAUAAAAGCAAUUUGAAAUAGGAGGUAUUAGAAUACAAAGAUUAUGUAUAUUUCUAUUCGAUCCGCAAGAAAAUUUUACAGGUUAUGGUAUAUUAGUCUCAUUUUCGCUUAAAAUACAGAUAGGAGGUAUUAGUAGCUCACCGACAAUAAGAUAAGUCUAAUACUGUAAAUAUUUACAAAUUAAUUUAUAUGAAAUUGUAUUUACUGCGGUUUUAUCAAUAUGUUUUACGUAUCUCUUAACAUACGACGGAUGUUCGUACAGUAAGUUUGAUUUUGAAAUAUGAUUUCGAUAUAGCUUCCCUGUUUUUUCAAGCACUUGUCAUAUAAUGACGUGUUCUUUUUGCCACUAUUUUUGACCGUCACCUUUUCUCCUUAUACUUCCUUAUACUUAUACAUAGUUGUUGAAGUAUUUCUAAUAACUUAGUCAUUUGAAACAAGCGCUACGAUAUCCAACAAACAGCGAGUCCAAUUUAUUGUUAUGUUUUUCUGCCGCUGAACUGCGAUCACAGCGCUGUCUUAGAGAAUAAGAGACGAACUUACUUUACGAAUGUAUCUCGUAUAUUAAGCAACUGCAACUACAACGUCUUCUAGUCUAUAAUUAUUAUUUAAGUCUCAAAUCUAAAGCUUCCUAUUAAUUUACUUUUGUAAUGGCGCUAAUAUUUAGAUAUAUUUUAUCUAUACUAGUGGUAGUCUAUAUUUUUGUAUAUAUCAAAAUUCAAAGAAUUAAAUUUAUUAGUUACUAAGUUUUAUGCAUUUGAUAUGUAUGUUAUUGUAUGGCUAUAAAUUUGUUCAAUAAAAUGUUUCAAGAUUAGCAAACGGUGCUAAUAAAAAAUGUACAAAUAGAUUUUCAUCUAUAAAAUUAACUUCAUAUGUUUCUUUUGAAUAUUUAAUUAACACUUAACCCUUGAAUUUGUUUACCAAUAAUUUGUUUCAAUUAUUCAUUUGCAUUUCAUUAUAAGAAUUAUAAUAACGAUUCAAUAAAAUAAAAAGAAAAUAAAA